GUGAUAAAGAGAAGGGAUCACAGCAUAUCAAUCCGUAUGUGUGAGGCUUUGUACUUUGGAGAGUUCUUGCGAUCACCGGACAUGGCGUUAUUCACCAGAUAUUCGGCAGUCCAUCGCAUCACCCAUUAUUUCCGUCCAGUAAUCCUUAGCCCAGCUGGUACAGAUUACCUUACAUGUACCAUAAAACGAAGACUCAGUUCCGACGCCCCAUCAGAGUUCACCGGACCUAACGCAUAUGAGAUCUUAGGCGUCUCCGAGACCAGCUCUUUCUCAGAAAUCAAAUCUUCCUUCCGUAAAUUGGCUAAGGAGACUCAUCCUGACCUUGCUCAGUCACAACCCGAUUCAUCCGCUUCCAAACGAUUCAUUGAAAUUCUCGCUGCUUAUGAGAUACUAUCUGACUCUGAUAAAAGGACACAUUAUGAUCAGUAUCUCGUGUCUCAGAGAACAGUUGUUCAGAAGCAGGCAAGGCAAGGCCCAGUUAUGUAUAAGUAUGAAUCUGAUAGACUCAUAGAGAGAGAAAUGGAAGUUGUUGAAUGGUUGAGGUGGUAUAGACAUGCGAUAAACGAUAUAGUGUCACAGAAAAGAGAGGUGGCUGGCUCAAGCUAUUUUGAUGUAUUGGAAAGGGAUUUCCACUCAGCUAUACAUGCAGCAUUUUAUGGCCCUGAAAUUGAAUCAAUGCAUCUGCUUCCUGAAUGCUUUGAAGCUGAAGAGAGGUCCAUGCCUUUUACAUCAGACAUUCUACACUUAGUCUCAGGGCGUGACCUCUUUGGGAUGGUACGUGUUGCCAACACAAAAAAGUUAACAUCUUUUGAAGAUGAUCCUUUCUGCUCUCUUAACAAUAUCAGCACAGAAAUACAUUCAACUCUAACUGCAAGUGGACAGUGUCAACGAAAAGAUAGAUGUGUUGGCUACUAUGAAUCAGAUGCAUAUAAGGAUUUAGAGCUGCAUAUAUCCGGGAAGGUUGUUGCUAUUGCCAGUCGGGUUCCGCCGAAGGGUAGUACUAAUCAGGCACAAAACAAGGAUGCGGACGAUCUCAUUCAUGUUUACCUCACUUCCCAUGAACACGAAACAUGUGACCUAUGGCUGCGUAAUGAUAUCAAUGCAGAUGGUCCAGAGGGAUCCAGGAUUUUGUUAGGAACAGUAAAUGGAAUGGGGACAAGCCCUGAGGAAGGGUCAUGCGAUGUCUAUGAUCAUAAUGGUGUGCAAACUCAUGUGAUUAUGAAACAUAGGACACUGUUGGUGAAACACAUGCACUGGUACCAAACAGGGGAUAAAGUUUCUCUUUGUGAAUGCAGAUGCAGUAGAGCUCGCUUGCCUCCCAGCAAAUUUUGGUUGUUUGAACCUCGCUGUGGCAUGCACGAUAUUGGAGGUUGGUACGUGGAGACAUUCGGUCGGGAUAAGAAAGGUCGGACCGUCCCAUCCCAGAGGUAUUGGGAUGGUUUGGAUGUAAAUGAUCAUUCUGACAAGAAACUUCACCCAGCAAUGUAUUUGUUUGCACUUGCCUAUAGAACUCUAGAUAUUGAAGAGGCAAGACACAGGAGGCGAAGUAUGAAGGAUAUGGUUGAAGAUAAAAUGCUUAAAAUUUUCAAUUGGUGCAAGGCUCGUGUGUUAAGGGUGUGAAAUAAUCAGUUUACAUAUAUAAUUAUUUAUUAAUUCAUUUCUAUGGCGGAGAGAUUCAUUCCUUCGCACCUUAAUGUCCAUUGGAGAUGAAGAUUACUUCUACAGUUCAACAAAGCAAAAAAAUUGACAAUGGCAGACCCCUUCUCAAAGAAGGCCACCCCGUUUCAAUGGAGCUCAUAUUCACGGGCAUCGGGUGAUCCGAAGUUCGAACCUAAUGGCUAUCAGGACCUACUGUGACUUAUAUCUGCCGAAAACGAGGUGCAGAAGGAGGUGUUGUCCAUUUCUAAUGUAUAUUGAUUCUUGAAAUAUGUCCAUUUCUUAUAGGUAUCAUCAAAAUACGUCCAUUUUCAUGUAGAAAAUGCUCUUCUCCUCCCUGGUACGGGAAAACAUCCGGCAGAGUGAUUCACAAAAAAGUGGGGUCGGGUGGAGGAUGGAUGAGGAUUGGGUGUGUAGAAGAGAGGUAGAAAGUGAAAACAAAUGGAGGGUGUAGUUGUGUAAAUGAUGAGGAAUGAAAGCAAUAUACCUUUUAUGUGUGCACUAGUUACGGGAAGAAAAUUGCAAAUUUCCCUUCUAAAAAACUAUAACAUAAUUUCAAGAAGGCGAUAUCUUGCCUUAAUAUGUCUUAAAUUCCUUUAUUGCAGAGUCACAAGUGUCAAUUGAAAAUGUAAAUACGGAAACACGAGUUUAAUCUGACACUUCGUAUAUUGUUAUAUUCUAUGUGUAUAGAUAUAGUUUUAUUAUAAACGGUAGAUGCC